CUGUCACUCAAUCAGCAAUAGAAUUAAUGGAGAACACGGAACAGAAGAAGAUCAAGAAGAAGAAACUGGUUUUUGCUGUUAAUGGUGAGAGGUUUGAGGUAUCUAAGGUCGACCCUUCCACUACUUUGCUUGAAUUCUUACGGACUCAAACUCGUUACAAAGGAACUAAGCUUGGCUGUGGUGAAGGCGGUUGUGGUGCCUGUGUUGUUCUUCUCUCCAGGUAUGAUCCUGUCCUUGAACAGGUUGAGGAAUCCUCAGUGAGUUCAUGUCUCACCCUUAUUUGCAGUGUAAAUGGAUGUUCAAUUACAACCACAGAAGGCCUUGGAAACAGCAAAUCUGGGUUCCACCCAAUCCACCAAAGGUUCAGUGGUUUUCAUGCCUCUCAGUGUGGUUUUUGCACUCCUGGCAUGUGCAUGUCCUUCUUCUCAGCUCUCCUUAAUUCUGAGAAGAGCCAGAGGCCAGACCCUCCUCCUGGGUUCUCCAAGCUCACAGUGGCAGAAGCUGAGAAGGCUAUUGCAGGAAACCUCUGUCGAUGCACCGGCUAUCGACCCAUUGCAGAUGCGUGUAAAAGCUUUGCAGCUAACGUUGAUUUGGAGGAUUUAGGCCUAAAUUGUUUCUGGAAAAAGGAGGAAAGUAAGGAUGUGAAAUUGGGUAAAUUACCAUUUUAUAACCAUCAAAAUGAGAUCUCUACAUUCCCCGAAUUCUUGAAAGCAGAAAUGAAACCCAAAACCCUUUUGGAUUCUGAAGAGUGCUCGUGGUACAAUCCUGUCAGUAUUGAGGAUCUUCAUAGCUUAUUGGAAUCGAAAUUAACCGAGAACGGAGCAGGGGUGAAACUAGUAGUUGGUAACACGGGUACAGGCUAUUACAAGGAACUAGAAUACUACAACACCUACAUUAAUCUCAGACAUAUACCUGAUCUCUCUAUGAUUAAAAGGGAUACCACUGGGAUUGAAAUUGGAGCAACUGUGACAAUCUCCAAGGCAAUCCAGGCUUUGAAGGAAGAUGGGAAGGAUGGGUUUCCCUCCACUAUCUUGUUCAAAAAAAUUGCUGACCAUAUGGAUAAGGUUGCAACGGUGUUCAUCCGAAACUCUGCAAGUUUGGGGGGAAAUUUGGUCAUGGCUCAAAAGAAUCAUUUCCCCUCAGAUAUUGCUACAAUACUUCUUGCUGCAGGUUCACUUGUAGAUAUACAGACAGGUCGCAGAAGACUAAAACUUACAUUAGAGGAAUUCUUGGAGAUGCCACCAUGUGAUUCUAAAACCAUACUUUUAAGUGUAACAAUUCCAAGUUGGGAACCGGUAAAGAACAUUUCAUCAGAAAACAAAACUGAAUUGCUGUUUGAAACCUAUCGUGCUGCUCCACGGCCACUUGGGAAUGCAUUGCCCUAUCUCAAUGCAGCUUUCUUGGCUCAGAUUUCUUCCUGUAUAAGUUCUGAUGGCGUUGUUCUCGAAAGCGUUCAGUUGGCUUUUGGUGCAUAUGGAACUAAACAUGCAAUAAGGGCGAGGAAGGUUGAGGAGUUUUUAGCUGGGAAGUUUCUUGAUGUGGGUCUUCUAUUUGAGGCUAUCAAAUUACUCAGAGAAAUUGUGGUUCCUGAAAAGGGAAUUUCACAUCCUCCUUAUAGAUCAAGCUUGGUGGCUGGUUUUCUUUUUGAUUUUUUGAAUCCACUGAUGGGAGCUAGAACUAGGAUUUUAAGUAAUGGCUUGAAUGGAAACAUUAAUGGUUUUGCAGUUAAGUCCUCCAGACCAGAGAACCACUUUGAUCAAUUUUAUCAGACUAAGGGGCCAGGCAUUCUCUCACCUGCAAAGCAGUUGGUGAAAGUUAACAGGCAGUUUCAUCCAGUUGGUGAACCAAUUAAAAAGGUUGGAGCUGAGAUCCAGGCUUCUGGUGAGGCUGUUUAUGUGGAUGACAUGCCCUCUCCAAAGGAUUGCCUUCAUGGAGCAUUCAUCUAUAGUACGAAACCUUUGGCCCAUGUAAAAGGUAUUAAAUUCAACUCUACAUCACUGCCACGUGGAGUUUUUGGAGUUAUUUCUGUUAAAGACAUCCCAGCAGGAGGGAAGAAUAUAGGAAUUAAUCCCUCUCUUGGUUAUGAACCACUAUUUGCUGAUGGUCUUACUGAGUUUGCAGGACAGGCACUUACGCUCGUGGUUGCAGAUACCCAGAAGCAUGCAGACUUGGCAGCCGCUAAUGCAGUGGUUGAUUAUGACACGGAAGGUCUAGACGCACCCAUAUUAACAGUAGAAGAGGCAGUUGAGAAAUCCAGCUUUUUCACCAUCCCACCAUUUCUUAAGCCAAAACCAGUUGGUGAUUUCUCAAAAGGAAUGGCAGAAGCUGAGCACAAGAUUCUCUCAGAGGAGAUCAAGCUUGAGUCACAAUACUUUUUCUACAUGGAGACACAAACUACUUUUGCCAUGCCGGAUGAAGACAAUUGUAUGGUGGUUUACAGUUCUAGUCAGUGCCCUGAGGUGGCCCAAAUGCAUAUUGCGAGCUGCCUUGGUAUGCCUGAACAUAAUGUUCGUGUGAUUACAAGAAGGGUUGGAGGAGGCUUUGGUGGAAAAGCCUACAGGGCUAUGCCAGUUGCGGCAGCAUGUGCAGUUGCGGCUCACAAGUUACACCGUCCUGUCCGAAUUUACCUCAAUCGUAGGACUGAUAUCGUAAUGACAGGAGGACGACAUCCUAUGAAAAUUAACUACAGUGUGGGGUUCAAAUCAAAUGGGAAGAUCACAGCCCUACGUGUAGACAUAUUAAUCAAUGCAGGUAUCUCUGAAGAUUUUAGUCCAAUAAUGCCAUACACCAUUGAACGUGCACUAAAAAAGUAUGACUGGGGAGCUCUUUCUGUUGACAUUAAGGUCUGCAAGACAAACCAUACUAGUAAGACAGCAAUGAGAGCCCCGGGAGACGUGCAGGGAUCAUAUAUCGCAGAGGCUGUGAUUGAGCAUGUAGCAUCUUAUCUUUCCAUCGAGGUCGAUUCUGUCAGGAACAUUAAUCUCCACUCCUUUGAGAGUCUUAAGCUAUAUUACGAAAAAGGUGCAGGAGAAUCUUUGGAGUAUACUCUUCCUUCACUUUUUGAAAAAGUGGCUGUUUCUUCCAGUCUCCAACAAAGGAUUGCAGAGAUACGCCACUUCAAUAAUUGCAAUAAAUGGCGGAAAAGGGGUAUUUCCCGGGUACCUGCUGUGUAUGAAGUGGCAGUGAGAACAACAUCCGGGAGAGUGAGCAUCCUGAAUGAUGGGUCUGUUGUGGUUGAAGUUGGAGGAAUUGAAAUUGGGCAGGGGCUCUGGACCAAGGUGAAACAAAUGGUGGCAUUUGGUCUCAGUCCAGUACUAUGCAAUGGAAGUGAAGGUUUUUUGGAGAAAAUACGAGUCAUCCAGGCAGAUAGUUUGAGCUUAGUGCAAGGUGGAUUAACUGCUGGAAGCACCACAUCAGAGGCAAGCUGCGCUGCAGUUCGUGAGUGCUGUGAUAUGUUGGUUGAAAGAUUAACACCUGUCAAGGAAAGGUUACAGAAACAAACGGAUACAGUUUCAUGGGAAAUGUUAAUUAUCCAGGCGCAUCACCAAUCUGUUAAUUUGUCAGCAAGCACUUUCUAUGUUCCUGAUUCUACUUCCAAAUAUUAUCUAAACUAUGGUGCUGCAGUGAGUGAGGUGGAGAUUGAUCUUCUCACAGGAGCAACCACUAUUUUGCAAACAGAUAUCAUUUAUGACUGUGGACAGAGCCUUAAUCCAGCUGUGGAUUUGGGACAGAUUGAAGGUGCUUUUGUUCAAGGAAUAGGAUUUUUCAUGCUAGAAGAGAAUCUUACGAAUUCAGAUGGAUUGGUGGUGUCAGAGGGCACGUGGACUUACAAGAUUCCAACCAUUGACACAAUCCCUAAACAACUCAAUGUUGAGAUACUGAACAGUGAACAUCAUGAAAAGCGUGUUCUUUCCUCCAAAGCUUCUGGGGAGCCACCAUUGCUUCUGGCAGCCUCAGUUCACUGUGCAACAAGAGCAGCCAUCACAGAAGCCAGGAAGCAGCUUCUUUCGUGGAAGGGAUCGGAUGGGUCUUGUUCAACAUUCCAAUUGAAGGUCCCUGCAACGAUGCCAGUUGUCAAGGAGCUCUGUGGGCUUGACAAUGUGGAGAGUUACUUGCAAAGUUUACUUUCUCAUCAGUAGAACUUCUAUUUUACUUUCUUUC